CACUUUUUCAUCUUCACCUCCCCAACAUCCACCAAUUGAUCUUUCCUAGACAGCUCUCUCUUGCUUAUGAACCCCCAUUGUUAGGACUUCAGUUUCCUGUCUCUCAGCCAUCAUGUCCCUCUUUCACAACUCAGUGACAUCAUCCAUGAGGCUGAUCUAUCGAGACGCCAGUCGCCGAGCAUGUUCGCAGACAACUAGGGCCUUCUCGUCCUGCCGGCAGUCCUACCAGUCAUCGAAGCGCGAACUGCAAACUGCAACAGCCUACAGACCGCAAACCCUGCCCGAGCCAUUUCCUCCACGAAACCUUGAGGCUUCAGACCAUUCUAUCUCAAAGGCCAUUCCAGGUAUAGGCGGUGCCGAACUGCCAUCAGAUCUCCCCUACACAAAGGGUCCCGACCGCUUCAAGCGUUAUAGCCUCCCAGAAAGCGACGCGCACAAAUCCCACCCACUUCCUACCCAGACUCCCGCGACGCCUGGAACCCCACCAUCAUCCGCGGAAGCCACGAAGAAGCCGCGUCGGAGUAAAUUACGACCGCGAAAAGCUGCGAUGACUCUCACACCAGCGGCUGUAGAGCAAAUACGCAAUCUGCUGUCUCAGCCAGAUCCCAAGAUGAUCCGGGUGGGUGUGAAGAAUCGGGGUUGCUCCGGCUUGGCAUAUCAUUUGGAAUUCGUUGAGAAACCGGCGCCUUUUGAUGAAGUGGUGGAACAAGACGGCAUUAAAGUGCUGAUCGACAGCAAAGCCUUGUUCAGCAUAAUUGGCAGCGAGAUGGACUGGCAGGAGGAUAAGCUGGCAAGCCGUUUUGUGUUCAAGAACCCCAACAUAAAGGAUGAAUGCGGCUGUGGCGAAUCAUUCAUGGUAUGAUGACCGCUUUUGCAAUGUUACGGCUUUUACACUGGCGUUUUAGGACGGUCUUAUUUUCUGGAAAGACUUUGUAUCUGUUGCUGCUACUGUUUAUAUGGCAUUUUCAAGCAAGACUAUCUUCCGCAUUCUAUCUAACGGAAUACCCGACUCUUCGUUGUUUGUGGUUUUUAAAUAUAUACAUGUCGACUUACACUCGUGUGUCGAUGAGAGGCCCAAAGCAAUUUGCUUUGAGGAGGCAGCUGAUGACCUUUUGUCAAUAGAAGAGCCACGCUUUUCAGAUGAAUAUAAUUGAUCCAGGCUAGACUC